CUGUAUUUGGGUAUCCCCCGAAAUUCUGAAACUUUCCGAGGUUGCAACUCUGUGGCUCAAGCGCCUUGCGACUGUAGUGUACAAUAGACCGGCGCCCAGUGUGGGAAGCUUCGAUGAUGCUUCGGCUUCUUGCACUCGUCGGCUUGGUUCAAGUUGCUGCGCAAACUGUUGGCGGCGGCACUGGCGGCACUGGCGGCACCGGUACCGUUGGCGGCAGCACCGGGGUGGACUUGAGUCAGAUCAACCGGGACUUUCACUAUGCUUGUUCGCAUGGAGACCAGGAGAGGGCAGCUGCCUUGCUGACACAAGGUGCAAGCAUUAACGAUGUAUCUGCUUCCGGUCCUAAUUGGAGCCCAUUGGCAGAGGCUGUGAACAGACAGGACACCGCCAUGGCACUUUGGCUGCUUUCAAAAGGAGCAAGCCCCGACACUCCUGACAGACGUGGCCGCACCCCACUUUAUCACGCUGUCUACUACGGUAUGGCCGACAUUGCGAAGGAAAUGCUGAAGACUGCCAAGAACUUGAGUCCUCAUGAUGGCGAUGGCGUUGACUUGCUGACCCGUGCAGUAUGGAGGGAGGACGUUGAUAUGGUGAAAACUCUGCUUGAAGCCGGUGUGACAUCCGCUGCUGCUACGGCUGCGGCACAGAAUGCUCCUUGGACGAUUGGAAAGCUCUUUGGGAUUGCGGAACCAACGGCGCCUCCCACUGUGGUCUCUCCAAUCACUCCAGUGACUGCCCCAGCAGCUGCUCCUGUGGCGUCUCCAACUGCCCCGGCAACUGUGCCAGUAGCUGCGCCAGUCGCUGCUCCAGCCACCGCGCCAGCAGCUACUCCAGUGGCAUCCCCUGCCACCGCCCCAGCUCCCGCGGCGGAAACAGAGCCCACCACAAAUCCCUGAGUGAAACCAAGCUCAUGACGGAGUUGCCGCACCAGGUGCACAAGAGUUUACUGAGGGAUGAUCAUUCUUUGACCAUACUUUUGACCAUACCAUAAUUGAAAAGCAAGCCGGGUUCCGGGUUACACAGUCGAUGCGUUUCAUUCCCCAUUUCCCCGCAACAUCGAAAAACGCCCCUUGCAGUGAGAAUCGGCCUCUUGUGGUCUUUCGAGCUGUUCGAGCUCCUGUGAUGCGGCGCUCUAGCGGAUGCAUUGGACUUUCUCUGGCACCCUCUGGUGGUGGAUCAAUCCCAGAUUUGAGAAUCAAUCAGCAGUGUGCACCAGAC